AUGUAAAUCCUAAAGCAAAUAAAGUAAGACAAUAAUCCAUAUUAAAUUUAUCAUAUUUAAUUUCCUUUUUAGUAGAAAACUAAAUAGGAUCCAAACUUCACACAUUCCAUGAAAGACUUAAAAAUUUCAUCAAUAAGAAUUGAUAGCGGAUUCGUUUUAUCCUUUUUGAUUUUAUUAAGGAAUUAGGAUAAAAAGUUCAUGUUUGAAUAUACUUCACUUUUAUAUUCUAAUUUUAAUUAUUAUAUUUUUAAUUGGUCUUAUGAAUGGAGUUGUGAAGUAUGUAAUGAUUUAAUUAGUUCUUAUGAAUUGCAGUAAUAUAGAGCAAAGUCCCAAGAUAAUUUGAAAUCAGUAAUUUGAAAUGAAAAAUUUAGAUAUUAGUUAUGAUAACAAUACUAAGUGGAUUUUGCUUUUUAUACAAUGCUUAUUUAAUAUUUUAAUGGGAUUAUAAAAUCACCAUAAUCUACUGCUGCGUAUCCUCUUUCACUAUAAUGGUUCAUAGAUUACUUAAAAGUCGAAGGUAUAAAAAAUAUUAUUUUUAAGUCUUUCCCAAUAUUGUUGUUUUAAUAUUUUUGAAAGUUUACUACUUAUAUCAUAUUUACUUUCCCUAGUCUAUUACAUAGAGAUUGAGAAAGUGAAUAUAAAUUUCAUCUCUUACGCUCAAUUAGUUUUAUAGUUCUUGAUUCUAGCAGUCACAGUUCUUGUAAAUAGAAGUACAUCUGAGACUGAGAGUCAAGAUCAAUCACUAUAGAUAUAGGAAAUUGUAAAUUUGAUCUAAAAUUCAUAGCUAAUCUCGGCAUUUAAAAGUAUUAGUGCCCUUCAACUUGUGUUCAUCAGUCUAAGAAUUACUGAGCAAAUUACUUGGGGGUGGAUUUAAACCUUAAUAAUAAUAUGGUUUCUAUUGGGACUGUCAUUUGUGAUUUUCAUUUGUUUGCUUGUUGAUAUUCUGUAGAAAUGCAGAAAUUAAUAAGAUGGAAUCGAAGAGGAGAAAAAAAGAGUAAUUAGUAAAAAAUGAAUUAUACUAUUUAGUUUAAGGGGGAAUUUGGUUAAACUUGGUUUUGUUUGGAAUCACAAUAUUACCAUUUUCAACCAUUUUUGGUUUAGCCUUAAAUUAUGACUUUAAAUUUAAAUCAUUAAAUUAGUACGCCUUUGGAUUGACAAUCUUUUAUUAUCUGCUAUAAUUGGCCUAUUAUUUUAAGUUCAAACAAAAGCUGAUGUAUUAUUUCAAAAAUAAUAGAGUGACUAUCUUCUAUACUAUGACAUUGCUUAAAGUAACUUGUAUGUUGACUAGUAAUUGCAAUAAAUCAAUCAGAAUAAUCAACAAAUAGAAAACAGAAUUGAACUUAAAAUGAAAAGAAUGCACAAGUUGAGUAUAUCAAAGGUGCCUUAAUUCAUGGUUAAAUUAUCAUAAACAUAUUAUAAAUGUGCACAGAAUGCUGAUUCACAAUGCAUGUCAUCUAAAAUUCAACACAAUUAAUUGAAUUAAAAGAAUCAAUUCUAAGAGAAUGAUAAUGACAAUGAGUAAUCGAAAAGAUUUGAUUUAUUGUUGUCUAGUCCGAGACAAAGAUUGGAGAUCAGUUCUAGUAUAGGAUAAGAUCUGACUAGUAGAAAUAUUGAUAAAAAGCAAUUAGAAGACUAAUCUUCUAUUAAAUAAGAGCAGUAGAAUCAGAAUUCUCAGAAACUGUGUUUAGUAUGUUAUGAAAAGGAAAGCAAUAUGAUUAAUAUGCCAUGUGGUCAUGGUGGAUUUUGUAAAGAAUGUUGUGAGUAAUUGUUGAGCAAAAGUGAGCUUUGUUACUUAUGUAGAAAGCCUGUUACUCAUAGUUUAUAAAUACAAGAAGUUUAGAAUAGAGAGAGUUUAGUAGAAGUAAUUGAAGUUUUAGAAUAACAAAAUAAAUGA